AUGCAGAAAGAUGAGGAUGGCAAAGACGUUGCUGUGGCAUUUGCUAGCCGUGCUAUGCACAAAUCGGAAAAGCCCUACUCAACUCCAGAGAAGGAGUGUCUGGCCGUGAUCUGGGCCUUGGAACAUUUCCGACCUUAUGUCGAAGGCUUGCACGUAACCAUUUACACUGACCACAGCAGCCUCAAGUGGUUGAUGUCUCGACCAAAUCCCUCUGGCAGGCUUGCUUGGUGGUCUCUUCGCCUUCAAGACUUUGACUUCAGCAUUAUCCACAAACCUGGAGAAUGUAAUAAGGUGCCAGAUGCACUUUCACGUAAUCCUCUACCAGAUGUGGAUGCCCCCAUUGAUCUUCUCCCUCCCUAUGCCGUGAUUAGGAGCAUGGACCUUCGUGCUCUGCCUUCUGUAAUUGUUUCAGACUGCCUGCAUGUUCGUCAACUGCAGCUUGAGGACCCAGUCACAGGCUCAUUGCUCAAUCAGCUGGAAAGUGACCAACAAACUGGGGAGGAUACUCAAGAUCUGGAAAAGUGCGUUGUCCAUGAUGGUCUCCUCUAUUUCCUCAACCCAAAAACUAAAUGUGGUCUUCACCCACUUAAGCAGCUUAAACUGUUUGCUCCUACUACACUCCGUGGUUAUCUGCUCAAGUAUUACCACGAUCAUCCUACAGCCGGACAUCUGGGCAUUGCAAAAACGCUGGCACGCUUGCGUCUCAGAUUCUUCUGGCCACACAUGAACUCUGACGUGAAAAAUGAAAAUAUAGCCCAUGUAUCACGUGAGGUGUUAGCCAGCUGGGAUCUUAAAGAAGACCGACAAGUGUGCAUCACCACAGACAACGGUGCCAAUGUUGUGAGAGCCACGGAGCUAAACAACUGGGUCAGACUUCAGUGUUUUGGACACAGGCUACACCUUGCAAUCGAAAAUUCUAUCAAAGAUGAUUCCCGCAUUGCCCGAGCCAUUGGACUUUGCAAAAAGUUAGUUGGACAUUUUUGCCACAGCUGGAAAGCAAAGAUGGCUCUGAAAAAAGCACAGCAGAAGUUCAACCUCCCAGAGCACACACUCAUCACAGAAUGCCCAACCAGGUGGGGUUCCAGGCAGAAGAUGAUUGAGAGAGUCCUGGAGCAGCAGCGGGCCAUUUCUGAUGUCAUCUCAGCAGACAAGAAAUCAAGACACUUGAUUCCUACUUGGCAGGAUCUUGAGAGAAGGAAGAAGAAAAUCCUUGAGUACCUGAUUACUAAAUAUGAAAAUCCAGCUACCCAGGAACUUCUUGACAUGGCGUGCUUCAUGGAUCCCAGAUUUAAAGUCAGCUACAUCAGCACUGAUCGAGUCUCAGACAUCAAGACCUGAGUGAUGUCAGAAAUGGAAGCAGUGGCACAGAAGGAGAGAAGCUCCGUUGAACCAGAGGCCCAGACAAAUGAUCCGCCCAAUCGUCACCUGAAGAAGGCAAAAAAGUCACUGGGCAGUUUCUUCAAGGCAGCUCCAAUCCCUACCUCCUCUUUUAUGCAUCUCUCACAAGCUGUUGAAGCUGAGCUUAACAGCUACUUGCUAUCCACGGCCAUAGACAGUGAGGAAGACCCCUUGGCAUGGUGGAAACUCCACAAAAUGACAUUCCCACAGCUAAGCAAGCUUGCAAGGAAGUAUCUCUGCAUACCUGCAAGUAGCUCACCUUCAGAGAGACUUUUUAGUACAUCAGGAAACAUAGUAACAUGUCAGCACACAUGUUUAAAAUCUUGGAGAGUAAACAUGUUGGUUUUCCUUACCAAGAACUUGCCAUGAAAAACAUUCACUCAGGAAAGAUGAAUGCAAGAUAGAGAAAGCUUCUUUUUUUUUUAAGUACAAACAUACACUACCUACAUUGUUCUUAAUUGUUGAUAAUAUUAGUCUUGGCCAGUACGACCACAAAGGUAGACAAUUGUUCUUUGGUGUGUUCCCACAGCAAACAAGUUCUUACCUAUAGUUUAAUCUAGUAAAG